UUUUUAAUCAACAUUGGUUUGGUUGUGUGUCUAAGGUCUUUGAGGUUUGAGGUUAAUUUUAUUUAAUCAAAGUAAUUUAAAUAUUAUUGUAUUCUUUGUUAUAAAGAGAUGAUUUUGCUAUGAACCGAAGUGGGCUCUUAUAAAUCUAAACGUUUUCUUUUUAGAACUUGUGGUGUGAAAAAUGGAUUUUGAAGAAGGGGAAACACCAUCCAGUCCGAUGGACCUUGGGAGCGAGGGCGAAGCGAGAAGCGAUGACGGUGCCGGGAGCGACGACGGUGCCGGGAGCGACGACGAGAAGAUGUCGGUGGCGAGUGGCGGGUCCCACGCGUCGCGCGCGUCUGUCAGGUCCGGGAAGUCCCCGCCGGGCGCGAAGUCGGCGUCGCCGUCCCGGUCGAGGUCCAGGUCCGCCUCCGGCUCGAACCCCGGCUCCGGGUCGGACUCCGAGUCCGGGGGCAGCUCGCGCUCCGGGUCUGGUUCUCCGGCCAGCGGGGCUGGAUCCAGGAACAGUUCGCGGUCGGCGUCUCCAGCGGGCUCCAGAUCUCCUUCGGCGAACAGCUCCGCCGCCGGCUCUGUCGCGACCUCGGCGAAGGCCUACGGCCAGAGGUCACGCUCUGGGUCGCCGGCCGGUUCGCGGCGUAGUUCCAGAUCGAAGUCGCCGGCGAGCUCGAGGGAAGGCUCUGUAGCGGGAUCUCCGAAACCAGGGUCUCCAGGAGGCUCGAAGAAAGGUUCCAGAUCAAGAUCGAACUCUCCGAAAAGUUCGAGGGAAGGUUCCGUUGUGGAUGAAGGGAAAAGUGUAUCGAGAUCGAAAUCUGCUUCACCAAAACAGUCAGGGCCUGGUUCAGUAGCCGGAUCAGUUCGUAGUUUGCGGUCGAGAUCACGUUCUGGCUCGGCAGGAAGUGCAAGAUCUGGCUCGGCAAAGAGCUCGAGGGCAGGAUCAGCAGGAUCAAGGAAAUGUUCUAGGUCAAGGUCAAGAUCGGCAAGCAGUGCAAGACCUACGUCAGCCACAGGUUCUAGGAAAGGUUCAAGAUCACGAUCAGGUUCUGCAAGGAGUGCAAGCGCUGGUUCAGCUAGAGAAUCAAGGAAAGGUUCAAGAUCAAGAUCAGGUUCUGCUAGAAGUGCAAGUGCUGGCUCAGCUAAAGGAUCGAGAAAAGGUUCAAGGUCUAGAUCAGGUUCUGCAAAAAGUGCAAGUGCUGGCUCAGCCACAGGUUCGAGAAAAGGUUCAAGAUCAAGAUCAGGUUCUGCGAGAAGUGCAAGUGCUGGCUCAGCUAAGGGAUCAAGGAAAGGUUCAAGAUCAAGAUCAAGAUCAGGUUCUGCAAGAAGUGCAAGUGCUGGCUCAGCUAAAGGAUCGAGAAAAGGUUCAAGAUCAAGAUCAGGUUCUGCAAGAAGUGCAAGUGCUGGCUCAGCUAAGGGAUCAAGAAAAGGUUCUAGAUCACCAUCAGGUUCUGCAAGGAGUGCAAGUGCUGGCUCAGCUAAAGGAUCAAGGAAAGGUUCAAGAUCUAGAUCAGGUUCUGCAAGAAGUGCAAGUGCUGGCUCAGCUAAAGGUUCGAGAAAAGGUUCAAGAUCAAGAUCAGGUUCUGCAAGAAGUGCAAGUGCUGGCUCAGCUAAGGGAUCAAGAAAAGGUUCUAGAUCAAGAUCAGGUUCUGCAAGAAGUGCAAGUGCUGGCUCAGCUAAGGGAUCAAGGAAAGGUUCAAGAUCAAGAUCAAGAUCAGGUUCUGCAAGGAGUGCAAGUGCUGGUUCAGCUAAAGGAUCGAGAAAAGGUUCUAGAUCAAGAUCAGGUUCUGCAAGAAGUGCAAGUGAUGGCUCAGCUAAGGGAUCGAGGAAAGGUUCAAGAUCAAGAUCACGAUCAGGUUCUGCAAGGAGUGCAAGUGCUGGUUCAGCUAAAGGAUCGAGGAAAGGUUCCAGAUCUCGAUCUCGAUCUUUAUCUCCCAAAAGUUCUAAAGCAGGCUCAAGAUCAGGAUCUGCAAGUAGUUCAGUUGCAGGUUCCAGAAAAGGUUCUCGUUCAAGAUCAGGAUCGAGAGCUUCAAGAAGUGGUUCACGUAAAAGUUCAGCUUCAAGAUCGCGAUCGCGUUCUGGCUCAGCAAAGAGUUCACGAGCAGUUUCUGCCGCAGGAUCUCGCAAAGGUUCCAGAUCAAGGUCGAGAUCAAAAUCCAGAUCCGACGCAGGUUCGAGAGCAAGUUCCAAAUCAAGAUCUGGCUCGAGGCAGUCGCGUGCCAGUUCGGGAUCUCGGUCGAGUUCUCGACGGGGAUCCAGGUCACGCUCCAGAAGCCCAGGCGAAGAUUGUGACAACGAGGUGGAAGAGCGUCAGUCGGUUGUAGAUAGCGAUAACGAGUCGGAGCGAGGCGACUCGCUUGCGAAAUCUCCAGCCGGGGAAAGGGAUGCUGCGAAGAAGGGAGCGACGAAGAUAGGAAGCGACAGCGAAGCAGAAGGUAAGGGGUCGGACUCGGAGAACGAAGGCUCGGGCAAGAAGAGGAAGAAGAAACGGGCCGUGGUGUCCGACUCUGAGGACGAGAACGAGGGCGGGGAGGGAAAGAAGAAAUCCCAAACAAUUUCCGACUCCGAAGACGAAGGAAGUGACGCAGGCAGGAAGAAGAGGAAGGCGGUGUCUGACUCGGAGGACGAGGACCAGGCGGAGGUGGGAGCAGACGCAGGCCAGGAGGCGGAGGAAGGAGAGGCGAGGGGAGACGAGGAUGGGGAGAAGGCGGGGAACGAGGAGUCGGCAGCGGCGGGGGCGGCCGACAGCGACUCGGACGGCGGCGUGCGAGACAGAGAAGAGAACUACGACGGAAUAUCUGAUUUUGAUAUGAUGCUGGCCCGCAAGAAGGAACUGACGAAGAAGAGGAAACGGAAAGACAUCGACAUAAUCAACGACAACGACGACAUCAUUGCGCAGUUGUUGUCGGACAUGAGGAAUGCUGCAGAGGAGGACCGCCGGCUGAACCAGCUGGGCAAGCCGGCCACCAACAAGAUCGCCAUGCUGCCCAAGGUGAUGUCGCAGCUGAAGAAGCACGACCUGCAGCUGGCGUUCGUGGAGCACAACGUGCUGUCCGUGCUCACGGACUGGCUGGCGCCCAUGCCCGACCGCUCCAUGCCCUCCAUGCGCAUCCGCGACAGCAUCCUCAAGCUGCUGUGGGACUUCCCAGGCAUCAGCCAGGACAUGCUGAAGCAGUCGGGCAUCGGCAAGGCCGUCAUGUACCUCUACAAGCACCCCAAGGAGACCAAGGAGAACAAGGAGAAGGCGGGCAAGCUCAUCAACGAGUGGGCGAGGCCCAUCUUCAACGUGUCCACCGACUUCAAAGCCAUCAGCAAGGAGGAGCGCAUGCAGCGAGACCUGGAGCAGAUGCCCAAGAAGCGACGCGUGUCGGAGGAGGAGCGGCAGAGCAGCCGGCAGGACAUCUCCAAGGCCAUGGUGCAGAACGACGCCGAGGGCAAGCCGCUGCGGCCGGGCGACAAGGGCUGGGUGGCCCGCGCCCGGGUGCCCAUCCCCUCCAACAAGGACUACCUGGUGCGCCCCAAGUGGCAGAACGAGACCGACAUCAGCCGGGGUUCGAAGAAGCAGAUGAAUCGCUUCGAGAAGCACAUGAAGAACUUCAUUGACAGCAAGCGCAUGAAGCAGGCGAAGAGGGCGGUGACCAUAUCCAUCGAAGGACGGAACAUGUCGUUGUAGAACGGCGCGUCGCGUAGCGUCGCGCGCGGAAACUUAAAGUCUGAUGAUAUUUUGCACAAUGACGUGCCUCUUGCAUCACGUUUUGUUUUCCUUCAACUCGAACUCCCGCCACCAGCGUCGCCGCGCACGUGCGAUGGUCGACUCUGUUUGUAAUAUACGUGGCGUGAACUGAAAAUCGAACGUGCAGUUCGUGUAUGUAUGUAUGUAUAUGUAUAUAUAUCUAGAAUCAUGGACACUCGCUGAUUUGUUUGGAUGUGUGGUUUUAUAUUUAGGAAACUAAGUUUUUCUGAGUUCUGAGGACGUGAUAGUCAAGACUCAAAUAAUUGUGUAUCUAAUUUUUACCUAUUCUACGAAUGUGAUCUGCCCCCCCCCCCCCCCCCCCCCUUCCUUUUUCUCUCUCCCACUUGUCAAAUUUAUCUUAGCUUUUUUUUUUGUGGUAGAUGGACUCAAGUUGUGCACUGAAUUGACUACCCUACAAUGUUGCCAUUUCAGCAUGCGUCGGUGAGUAGCUGAAUGUGUACUCGUAACUAUUUCUAGUCCCUUUCAAAUUCAUUCACUUGAGUCACUUAAAACAUGCAGAAUUAUUUUAAUUUUGUGAUGUCACGUGUACAUAACAUAGUUUUGCAUCUCAAGUUGGGCCUCACAGUUGAGACGGUUGGCGAUAGCGAAGGAAGUUGUCACUGUGUCCAAAUAAAUGACUGCUCGUGUUGCCAUUGUAAAUUUAUUUAUUAUUCUUCGACGUUUCAUCGAGGGCAGUUAUAGUUGCUGACGCAUGUCAGAGAAUGAGAACUUGUGCGAUUAUCGAUAAGAAAAUUAACAAAUUUUCAACAUGUCUGUCAGUUUGUAAGAAAAUAGUUUUAGAACAGCAAGGCUUUAGACGUCAAAGAAGCAGUGUUGCCAACAUGUACUCGGUGUGCUGCAGAAAUGCACUUUGACUGUUUUGUAAGUUUGCUCAGGUGUAGCAAAGAGGCUAAACCAAUAUAAUAAAUACAAGGUGCAGUGCUAAGUGCUUCUGUUUAGUUCAGGUGUCGGCUGGCGUAGCUAGCUGCUUCUAGUUGUGACGCUGCUGGUAUUGUGAGGCGUUGACUGGAAGAAACGGAGGGAUGCCACUCUCUCUUGCCAGACCCACAGGGCAAUAAAGUUAUGUUCGUUCACAGCAAUCACGGAAGGUAUAGCUCAGCGAAAGAGUUGGAGCACAGACAUUGGCAUUACUGACUUCCUCUGAUCCGUCUGCUUGCCAGACACAGAUUGCCAGAGAUACGUGCUUACAUUAUUGCUGGCUUGAUACAGUAGAAUCCCGCUGAUGCGACCCCUCACGGUUUCAGGAAAAACGGACUUAUAAAUGGAAUGGUCGCAAUAGAGAAUUCGGGCCAAUUUUUAACCCCCCCCCCCCCCAAAUAUAUCCAAAUACAUAAAAUACUCGCGCUAAAUGAAUUCGCGUCACGCGAGUUCGGCUAUGCUAGCCGGCUGUGGUUGUUAUUUUCGUUCAAAACGUGGCGAAGGAAAUUGUGUGGAUCAGGUAGAAAACAUUCGGCUAUAAACGAAAGAUAUAAGAACAAUGCUAUCCUGAAAUGCUGUGACAUGUUUUUGGAGUAGAUAAUCACAGCGACAGACCGACAGGAUGCGCUCCCGCCCUUGCCGUCAGCGAUGUUUAUUUUGACAGCUCAAGCAAUUAUCUUUUCCAAAACCUUUCACAGCGUAAAAAAAGAGAAAAAACAACACGUUCGAAUGCAGAUGGAAAAGUAACUAUGCAAUAAAAUAAAUAUAUUUACGGCCCUCCUAAAUUUUUCUAUUCAAUAAAAUUUGAGGUAUUAGUGAUUUUUCAGCAGAAACUGCUGUGUGAUUAAUAAACAAAUUGUAUCAUAAUAAUAACUUAAAAAGUAUUUAUUAACGGCAAAGGACAGUCGUAUAAGCCCAUAAAAAUAUUUUACCGAGAAUGGAUUAUACAACCUGGCUUUUGUCGCAGGCGGUGUGGGAGGGGAGGAGGAUGCUGACAGUUUAUCACGCAGAAGGUUGAAAUAAGGGAGGGAAUGUGUUGAAAUGUUAUUUGGAAAGGGUGGGGGUAAGAUAACAUGACAGCUGAGACGGGCUUUUCGUGCGAUAGUGGAGCGCCAAGCUCGGCUAGACACUGCCGCGUGGACAGUCUAGAGGGGUGGUAUCUAUUUUUAGCUGCCUUUUGUAUGCCUCCCUGCUUACAGUACAGCUCCCGCCAAGAUAAACGUGAACACAUAGCACCCAACAAAGUGUAACAGACUUGUUUUUCAGCCGAUUUUACUUAAAUUUUCGACUUUCUCUGCUUAAUUUUUUCACUGUUUCUCAAAAAACGGUCGUAUAAACGGAAUGGACGCAUCAGAGUGGGGUCGCAUCGGCGGGAUUCUACUGUAUUUUGCAUUUUAUAGUUUAUGUUAUUUCAGAGUGCUUUACAGACAUUUACUAUCUUUCAAAACCUAUGUGCAUCCACGUAGAGCAUUGAGAAGACUUUUUUUCUGGAUAUAAACAAUUUUGCUUACAUUUAUACCCAAUUAAAAAUAAAAGUUAUUGGUUUUACUCAUUCCAAAUGUUUGUAAUAUUUGAAAUUUUAACAAAUCGAUGUGAGAAUUUUUUCUGGGAAUUGAGUGGGUAAAUAAUAAAUACAUAUUGCAAAUUUUUAAUUUGGAGGUUAGAGUUAUCAGUAUUAAAAAAACGAACUUAUGGCAUGGUAGUGAUUAAUAGACAUUCCAGUGAACUAGUGAAUAUGUUGUUAUAAUAUGCACGAGUAGCAUAUAUUAAUGUCGAGUAGAGUCUUACAAAAAAAAAUCUAGUAUUUUCGAGUCCAGUAGUUAGUAUAUAUAUUUUUUCCUUUACCUUUAUGCUCUACAGGAAACAGUGGUACGAAAGUACACACUGUACUUCGUGAGUAAAAAAACCACCAUGAGGUACAAUCAGUGUUAAACUGUAUAAUAGCCUACAGUCCUUAUCUACGAUUUACAAAGUAAUUUUACAACUGUAUACAUAUUUCCAUGGUAAUUAAGGUAUUUGAAUUUUUAUUACAAAAAAAAUUGUAAACAACAAGUAGUACCUAUUAAUAAAAAAGUAGAAUAAAUUGCAGCCAGUCUUUAAAUUUAGGAUGUUCAUUUGGAACAUUAAAAUAAAACAAAUUUUUCACUCCAUUAUCAUUUGUCGCUAUUUUAAUUAUUUAAGUUGUUUAUUGCCCUAUAGAAUAUACGCCCAGUACAAGAAUAGCCAGGGUUUAUGUACGAUAAUAUUGUGGGUGGCGUAGCAGUGCCGCAACAUUUAAUUUGCCCAAUAUAUGACCGAUUAUCGAUUAUUUACGGUAACUAUGGAGCUUCAGCAGUAACUGCAGUUCUUGUUUUGGUAGUUCUUUUACGGUAACUAUUGUGUUUGUGCGGUAAUCAUGGUGCUUCUCAUCAGUGUUUGUCACUGCAUUUGUCUUCACUUUGCAUGCGUUAUGUUCAGUGGGCAGAUGGUAAAAUUGUCGUUCGUACAUUUUGUUAAUGUAUUUCUUUUCAGUGAUGCAUGGCGUAAAUUAUAUUUGUAUGGAAAAGAUAUUCGCAGCCCAUUUUGGAAACAAAAGUUAUUACUGUGGUGAAUUCUACAAAAUUUUGAGUAUGGCAGCACUUCCAUUUUUUUUUUUUUAAGUGCAGGGUGGCGUAAACAAAAUUAUGACUAUGAUGCGCUAAAUGACCGCAAAUACAUGCAAACAAAAAUUAAAAUCACAAGAUUUUAUGUAAAAUCAGUCACCAUCACUAGCAAAUAAAAUACCUAAUUAUCUACAGUGUUAAUAAUAAUAAUGAAACGACGGGAGAAUAUAAUUGCUGCAUGCUGAAGUACUUAAAAACUUAAAUUGUAAAAAAUAUUUAUUUUUUUUAAUCAGUUACACAUCAAGUACCUAUCUUUUUGAAGCAAGUUGUACUAGCUUCACCAUUACGAUAUAUAUCAUCCUAGAUUACUGCAGGUUUUUUUUUUAGUUACCAAACAGUAAACUACUGUAAUUUUUCGAGUUUUAAAAUUAGGCUCAUUUCGAGUACUUAAAACUCAACCCAAUAUUUCAAGUAUGUACUACUGCACCCCUAGUUAUAAAAGACAUACAUUUUUUGCAUUGCUGAACAAAGAGAGUUUUUGAAUUGCCAGGGGCUGUGGGCUGCAGGGAUUGCACUUUCCUUAAAACUAUAAAGACCGUGAAACUUGUUAAUUUUUUUUGUGGAAAUUGACUAGAAAAUCUUGCAAGGACCAAAAAAAAAAAGUACUUUCAGUGAACACAACCUGUUAUUUGUAUUACAACCUUGUAAAUUGCUGCAAGGGGACAGAAAAUAAAUAUAUAAAAAACAAGAAA